AUGGAGGUCGAGGGUUCUUCGCUUCCUUCCAACUACGUCACGAUCCUGCAGCUCAAAGAGCGAUGGCUCCAACAACAACACCAAAAUCCUGCAAAAUCCAAGCCUCAUGACGAUGAAGCUAGUUGUCAACCAAGCGGCGAAGCUGCACUUAGACGCGUUCCUCUUCAAAGACCAAAUCGCCCUCGGGUCAUUAACCAAGUCAUACCGGAGGUUGCCGUAGAUGAUUGUGGUUCUAAAACUCAAGUUGAUGCUGCGGAUAAUCAUCCAAAGGGAGAGGAGGAGCAGAAGACUGAUCACUCAAACUCCAAACUCUCAAAGAAGAAAAAUAGGUCCCGAGCUCCAAAACCUAGGUCGGGCACCGACCAAAAUCCAAACGGAGGUGGCUCCCCACUGUUGGUAUCAGAAGAGGCGAAGGAGAAUAAAAGAACCCAGCACGUAGGUGGACGCCGGCGUCGGCAUCUGGUCUGUGAACCCAAUGACAGAAUGACAGUAUUUGCUCAGAGUGUGGACGACUUAUCGCACAGUGCUGCUCGUGGUCAUGGCGUCGUCGAGGCUGUUGCCGCUACUGUGCACGUCCCUAUUGUGAGCGAGAGAGCAAAUAGAAGAUCGGGUGCAGGAAGAUACCAGGGAAAACCAAAACCCAAGCCUUCGUCGGAUCAGAAUGUGGUCUGCGAACCUAAUGACAAAAGGACACCAUUUACUCAGAAUGUGGAUGACUUAUUGCACAACGAUGCUCGUGGCGAUGGUGUAGUUAAAGAUGUUGUUGAUUCUGAUGUGAAUGUCCCCAUUGGAAAAACUCCCUCGUAUGGGUUAAAAAAGGAGAAUCUUCGACAAAUUGAUAACGCCAAGCUCCCAACCUCUGGUACGUUUAUAUUGCAAGACGGUGGUCAGCCAAGGAAAAAGGGAGAUGUAGCAGAAAUUACUAAUUAACUGAAUGGAAUGGAUUGGAUUUAUCGUCCCUUUGUUGAUAGCAUUUGUGCAACCAUUUUACCAUUUUACUAGCAUGCUAAAUCCCUAAUUGCGAUCCUUGGCCCAUAGGGACCUUUUUUUUGUUUAUCUCUUUCACUAAAAAAAUCCAUACCCAUUCCGAAAGAGAAAAAAGAAAAAUUCAACUAAUUAAAUACCCAACAGAAAAGAGUAAGGUUAAUUUUCUUUUCUUUUUUCAUAUAUCAUCAUCGGUCAAACGGAUCCCUAAUCACAUUUUUAAGCUAUCAUGAACACAGCAGAUGAUGGUGACGGAUUGGACACAGUGGUGGUGAUGGACAAAAAAUAAUGACAAAAUUGCAAAAACGGUUCCUGUGGUUGGCAAAAUUUUGCAGUUUUGGUCCAAAAUGAUACCUUGGUGCACCUAUGGUCCAAUUUUGGAUUUUUUUUUAUUGUUUUUAGUCCCUACACACUUAAAAAGAUGAUUAUGCCCUUAUAUAUAUAUAGUUUUUUUAUUUUUUAAUUGCUGAAAUACAUAAAUUAAUUUAAUUUUUAUUUUUAUUUACAUUUAUUUGUUUUUUCUCCCUCAAAAACACACACACCGGUGAAAGAAACGAAGAAAGAAACAGGGACAGCCAAGUGCUGCCACCCUCAACCACCCACCGGUGACCCCUCAUAGCUGUGAACCACCACAAAUGGCCACUCUCUAUCUCCCUCUUGUAUUGUAGAAUCCAUUGCACCAUCCACCCUUCACGUUUUCUGUUUUCCUUCUUUCACUACCAAGAACAACCACCACCAACGCAUGGUGGUGGUGGUGUUGUGAUCACCAAACAUCACUAGGAACCACCUCUUCUCACCAGUUUUGCCAAUCAGCAACAACCUAAACACACCCUUUGACCACUGCUACCUCCCCUCUCUCUCUCUCCCUUGCUUAUUUUCUCAUAUAACAAUAGCCCCACAAAAUUGGCAUCAACCUCCUAAGAACCACUGGUUGCUACCCUGUCUUUCCCCCUGUGAUGAAGAACAAACACCAACCCUCACUAUGAGAUCUUGACAAAUGAAAACAAUUUGUUUCUUAUUGCUAUCAAUCAAAAGCACAAAGAGUCAUCUAAAACGAUUUGUAACUGUUGCACACACCAAUUGUUCGGUAGAUUGCUCCAAAGAAUAAUUAUCUUCUAAAAUGUUGUUUUUUGAUUGGAUUUGUUGUACAUAUUGUAAACCUAAAUGUGCGUAUCGACGCUCUGCAACAUCAUACAAGAAGCCAUGGGAAGGGAGGUGGAGAGGUUGGUAGAAAAACGAAGAAGAAAGGGAGGGAAAGGGCAAAUCGGAAACAACAUAGCAGGAUGAGGUUCGUGGGUUUGCUCAGCAUGGUGCGGCGGAUCAGUCACACAGUAGACCCAAAAUGCAUGAUUGUUCUGUUCAGUUAUGAUAUGUUAUGCGUGGUACUUCAGGAGACCGUGGCAAGGCGAAGACGUGAUCGUACCGCUCCUCAUGUUUAUGUUUUAUGUUAUGGUUCUGGGAAUACUCUGAUAAUGAAUGUAUUGAAAAC